AUUUCUUCAUCUUCAUGUCUCAAUAAACUAUUCAAACCCCUCACGUACGUUGCAUAUAUUUUAACUGAGUGUUAUCUUCCCGGUAUAAGUGAAGACCCGAAGAUCUGGUCUAAACCGUAGCAAUUUGAACCGAACCGGUUUAUAACAAGACGCCGAUUUAACCGGAGUUGCUGGAGUUAAGAUGAUUCCGUUCGGAAUUGGCCGUGGGAUUUGCCCGAGGCUUGGAACGACAAAUUGGUGUUCGCGGUGGUGAUGAAGAAUCCGCUGAGAUCAAAAAAUGUUUUCGAUUUUAUCAUCAUCUUCUUCUUCACAACUCGUCAAUUCAACUCUCAAUUUCCAAAAUUCGCCGAAAUCUCCGAUCACCGUUAUGUCGAAGACGUCUAAAUUCAAAACCCUGACGGAGAAUUUCACCGUGAGAGUGCUUAAAGCAGAGAAUCGCGAACUGAACGUGGCUCUGCUCUCACCUUUCACUAUCGCUUCUUCACGGCUUGAUUCUGUCAGUAAUGUUGCGAUUCGGAUUGAGCUCAACGAUGGAUUUGUGGGUUGGGGAGAAGCUCCGAUUUUGCCGUCGGUAACGGCGGAGGAUCAGAUAAUGGCUAUGGUAAAAGCGCGGGAAGCUAGUGAGUUUCUGAGAGAGUUACCGGAGAUGAAACUCGGUAAUGUUCUUCAGGAGAUCGGAAGAUUUCUUCCUGGUCAUCAGUUUGCUUCUGUAAGAGCUGGGAUGGAGAUGGCUAUGAUUGAUGCAGCUGCUAAGAGUGUAAGAGUGCCAUUGUGGAAACUAUUUGGUGGAGCUUCAAGUACGAUUACUACAGACAUAACAAUUCCGAUAGUUUCUCCGGCUGAAGCUUCCGUAUUGGCCUCAAAGUAUAGAAAACGAGGUUUUGAAACCUUGAAGCUCAAGGUGGGAAAGAAUCUUAAGGCUGACAUAGAAGUUCUCCAGGCUAUACGUGCAGUCCACCCUACUUGUUCCUUCAUUUUGGAUGCCAAUGAGGGUUAUCAAACAGAGGAAGCUGUUAAAGUUCUCGAGACGCUGCAUGAAAUGAAGGUUACACCGGUUCUCUUUGAACAACCUGUCCACAGAGACAAUUGGGAGGGUCUCAGUCACGUGACUCGAACUGCAAAGAACAGAUUCGGAGUCUCUAUUGCAGCAGAUGAGAGUUGCAGAGGCUUGACUGAUCUCAAAAAAAUCAUAGAAGGUAAUAUCGUAGAUGUUGUGAACAUCAAACUCGCCAAAACCGGAAUCCUCGAGUCUCUUGAGGUAAUUGAAUUGGCUAGAUCAUCUGGCAUUGAGCUUAUGAUAGGGGGAAUGGUGGAGACUAGAUUAGCAAUGGGGUUCUCUGGUCACCUUGCUGCUGGCCUUGGAUGCUUCAGAUUCAUCGACUUGGACACUCCGCUUCUUCUGGCUGAUGAUCCAGUUCAAGGUGGCUACAAAGCAUGUGGUGCUGUCUAUGAGUUUAAAGAUGAAGGCGGUCACGGAGGAUAUCUUCAGUGGAAUGAUGUUGCUCAGUGAAAUUCCUUUUGUCUACUUAGGUCCCUUUUCUUUUGUUCAAUAGGAUUUUAAUCGUAAGUUUAAUGUUGGUUUUGGGUUUUGUAAAGGCUAAUCUUGGUCCUAAAUUCUCAGUAUGUGUUAGUUGAGAGUGUAUGUAAUCUAGAAUCUUUGUAACUUCAGCCCCAGGGAGUAAUAAGUGUAUGAAUUCAUUACAGUGAUCUGCUUGAUAUCUGUCUGAAACACACAACACAGGUCUAAGUCACAGAGCUUAUAAUAGAUCACAAUAUGUGAUUCUUGUUUCGAUCUUUGAUUAUUGGGGAUUUCAUUUGCAGAGUCUGUUUUGUCAACUAAUUCCAG